UUGGUGCUUAGUGUGUGUACUGCUUGAAAUCUUGAUGCACAGUUACGUUACAAAAUUUUGCUAUAACUGUAAAACUGCAAACCAGCGAAGUGUGUAUUUGACAUCUUAGCUUUUGCUUUUGGAAUCUAACUUAAUCAAAGGAAGAAAAAUUAUUUAUGACAUGGAAGUAAAGUCGUAUUUGAACAGAAUGUAAAUGUAUUGUUUCCAUCCAAUAGCACCUAAGUGAAUAUUUCUACUAAAUAAACACAGAGAUUUUGUGAUCAAGGAAAAUCAUAAUGCCAUACAAAAAUUCAGAGAAGCGCAAAGAAAAGUCUCGAGAUGCUGCGAGAUGUCGGCGCAGUAAGGAGACAGAAGUGUUUUUUGAGCUUGCCAACAGCCUUCCUCUUCCAGCUUCUGUCACCUCACAACUUGACAAAGCCUCAGUCAUGCGGCUAGCCAUCAGUUUCCUCAAGAUCAGUAGUGUGUUGGAGCAGCACAACUGGUCGGAUCCAAGUGAUGGCAAGAGCAAAACAGAAGAAAAACUUCAAAUUGACCACCUAUAUCCAAAGUCUUUGGAAGGUUUUGUUUUUAUAUUGUCCCGUGAAGGUGAUAUCAUCUACAUCAGUGAGAGUGUUUCAAAGUACCUUGGAAUUCAGCAGAUUGAGUUGAUAGGACAAAGCAUCUAUGAUUUUGCCCAUCCUUGUGACCAUGACGAAAUUCGGGAAGUCCUGUCUGUUCGCACACAUGGUUCAAAGACGCCUGUCACAGAAGAGAGAGUUUUUUUCCUCCGCAUGAAAUGCACCCUUACAUCAAAAGGGAGAAAUGUCAACUUGAAAUCUGCUACCUACAAGGUGAUCAAAUGCACUGGGCGACUCGUGAUAAAGAGCAGCAGACGCAGUAGUGGCAGCUUCCAGUCCACUCUACCUUACCUGUUGUCAGUAGGGGAGCCGAUUCCUCACCCGGCCAACAUAGAGAUUCCAAUGGAUGGCAACACUUUUCUGAGCAAGCAUGAUAUGAACAUGCACUUCACUUACUGUGACGAAAGAGUACAAGAUCUUCUGUGCUAUAGCAGUGAUGAACUCUUGGGCAAGUCUCUGUAUGAUUAUCAUCAUGCCCUGGAUAGUGAAAUUGUGGAAAAGGCAUAUAAAGAUCUAUUUGCCAAAGGCCAGACAAUGACUGGACAAUAUCGCUUUCUGGCACGUGGUGGGGGAAUGGCAUGGGUUAUCACCCAGGCCACUGUUAUUCACAACAGCCGUAGUCAGAAGGCACAGUGGAUUGUGUGCGUCCACUAUGUCUUGAGUCAUGUGGAACAAAAGGAACUAAAACUGUCAAAAGUUCAGCUCCCCUUGUGCCUGCCUCCCAUGCAGCCACGAACAGAAUCUGUCUUCUUAUCAGAUAUUGCGACUGCCAUAAAUAGAGAUGAUGUGGAUGAUGACUCAGAAGACAUGAUGUACCGUGCUCCAACACCUGGAGAGGAAUGCGUGCCUCUCACUUUCCCUACAUUUUCGCAAGUUGCCCAGUUGGCUAGUAGGGAUAAAGAGAGGCAUCUGUCUUCACCUCCAGCACUGCUUGGUUUUGGACUGAAGAAGGAGCCAGCUAUGUCACCGCCACUUUGUCGCAGCAAAGACGUGUUGAGCUGCAGUGCCUCACCCUCAUCAAACUCUAGUGCUUCAUCCCGACAGAUCAACAGCCCACAUGAUUAUCUGAACGUGGCCAACCCAGAUCUUAUUAUGUCAAUGGACAAAUUCUUUCAAGCUAUGGACACUAAAGCUGAUGGCAAAGAAGAUAUAGAGGAGAUUGACUUUGACUCAAGAGCACCCUACAUACCAAUGAGUGGGGAAGAAGACUUCUCUCUGUUGCCCCCUUCCACUGAAUCUCUUCUUAUGCUGCAAAAUGAAGUGAAUCCAGGCCUUUUCGGAAAAACAGAGUCUGUUUUCACUCGUAAAUCUGACCUUUUCGAAGAACCACCUCAUCCACCCAAGCCUAGCGUGCGGGAGAUGAUUGGUGGUAGUACAACAGUGGCAAGUAUACAACAGCCACCAAGUACAAUGCUGCAGCAAAUCAAAAGACCUUUAGAUAUGAACAGUUUGGAGAAAGGGCCACCUGCAAGUAAAGCCAUGCGACUGGGGCAGAUUGAGCUCAAUGUCCCUGCAAUGACAAGCAGAGACAGUGUCCUGCUUAAUCUGCUUCUGACAGGGGAGGAUCGAAACCAUGGAUACAAAGUCAAAUCAUCAGCUGCUGCAGAUCUAGCCAGGACUAAGACCAAACAGGAACUGUUAAGGGCACACCUGUUUCCUGGGUUAACACAGCAAGAUUUUGAAGUAAAUGCACCAGCCCAGGACUCGCAUUUGCUUCAGGGAGCAGAGCUUCUAAGAGCACUGGAGAUUGAUCCUCUGCGUAUGGAGCAGCCACCACGCUAGCCUUUUGUAUUGUGACUCAUUAUGGUGGCAUUUACUGUAUGAGGGCCUCUGAAAGUGUCCAAACUACUGCCCACAGUAAUCCAAUAAUUUUUGUUUUUGUACAAGCACAAAUAACUGUACAUUUGGCGUAGUAUUAAGGUGGAAAGCAUUUACUCGGCUUAUACCUGUGGAUUGAUUUUUAUUUGCUUUCCAUUUAGUUUCAUCUAAGAUCAUCUAAAAUUAUUGCUUUAUGAACCGUCAUCAUACGUUGAUCGUGACAUGCAGAAGCAAUUUAUCACUUAAUUUUAGGCCAUUUAUAAGAAAAUUGCCAGCUUUGUGUUUGGUGUUUUAACAACAACGUUGGCUUGAAAUUGACUUUUUUUUUGUUCUUUGGUUAAUGUAUGACGUGAAUGACAUACACUUUCAACGUCACCUGCUUGCACUGUCUGUACAUAGUCAAGCAGAAAAGGAACCAUCACUCCUACAGCUGUGACACAAAGGACGGUUUCAAACCAUAGACAACCAGCUAAGAGCCAUAAAAAAAACAAUUUAUCAUUACAGCAAGAGGUUGGCAGAGUUUAUUGUCCAGCUUUGUGGUAAUCAAAACAUUUCCACUUGCCUUAUCUAUCUAUGCCUUAGCAAGAAUGGUUAGUUAUAAGAUGCUGCUGAAAAAAAGUUACUCGGGCCAGGGCUUGCUUGAUGAGAAAUACAGAUACUCUUUGUAUCAUGACUUAACAGGUUGGAUGUAGCUGGUCAUCGAGAUGGGCAGCAAAACUGCUCAAAAUCACAGAGCACAGACCUUGGCAUUCAUAAUUUGAAUUUGUGGUUGUUUUUUUUUCCUUUAACUAUGACCAUGGAGAAAAUGGAUCUAAAUCAUUGUGAAACAAGUUUUUGUUAUAUAAUGGAUGUUACUUUCAUCUUACAGUUUACAUAACUGCUGUACACUGUUUAAUUUGUUGUGCAUUAUUUUUAGCUUUUGUCAGUAUAUUGGAAUCUAAAGCCCUGGUUUUUUUGUUUUUUUUUUAAAAUCAGAUCACAAUGAUUGUGGUUAAAGGCAGGUGUACUAAAAAGGUUCUGUUGUACAGAAGCCAGGAGUUUGAUUCAUGUUGGACAUGAAUUUGCAUGCUAAAAUACCAAAUACUGUAUUUUGUCAUUUCAUACCAGAUAAUAUUUUCAAUAUUUUGUAAAUGUUUGUACCAUAAUGAGAUAAAGGUUACAUUAACCUUACUUUCUAGGCUUCAGAUGGCUUCAUAAUAAUUGCUAAAACAUGAAAAAAUAAAAUGCAUUUACAGUAUACCUUUAUUGGUCUUCAAUGCCAAGGUGGUGCUUUGCCUUAAACAGUAACUUAUGUUUGUACCUUACGGAAAAAAGUAGGUAUAUUAGCCCGGCUGAUUACUUUGUAAAAACAAUUUCAAGUCAAAAACUGACUUGGGUAACUCGUGUACUGCAGCAGACAUUUUCGAUGUGAUUUUAUCUUUCCACAUAGUUGGCUUGGUAAUAUAUUCUAGGGUCUUCUGAAGAUUUGGUUUGAUCCUUUGACUGCUGGUUUUAAUCUUCACUGCUAAAGCAAGAAGUGCAGAAAAUACACCUGCACUUUUGAGCAUGUGAUGGUAGUUAUUCCCCCUUUCAUUUUUUGUGUGAUCGUUUUCCUUUCAUUUGAAAUGUCAGAGGAAAGGGGUCAGGUGCAAACUGAAUGUAAAUUAUUAUGCUCAGCUUCAAAGAAAUACUUCUUUCUGUCCAAUCUGUGUAUGAUGACGUGAGUUUCCACCUACAGUGGCCCAUUUGUUUUUCUUUUUCUUUUUAAUUUGUUAACACAAUCAUGAAAGUGUACUGCCUGUUUGUAGAUUGAUGUAUUGUUCUCCUACUUUCUUCUAGGACUAGGGUGUCUGAGUGAAUGCAUGUUCUGGCCAUGAGUACAUAAAUGGGUUUGAGAGUACGUUUUAAUUUUUCAUCAGUAGUCAUGCUUAAUCAUAUUAGUUUAUAAUAACUUUAUUUGUGUUGCUGUCUGUACACCAGUGUGUUUAGAUUUUUAAACUUACUUUUUUGUAGUGAAUUAGCUUCUCCCCGCAUAUUUUUGCUGUGUAUCAUUUAAUAAUUUUAGCAGAGGUGGCUGUUUUGUUUUUGGAAAGGGGGGAAUGAUGUAAGGAGGAUAAGGGGGAGAUUUGUGUAAAAACUGUUUCUUUUUGACCUUUAACUUGCUGGCUUAACAGCGUCAUUCAUUUGUCUUGUGAAGAUAUUCACCCUCCUUAAGCAGAAUCAUCAUUACAACUAUAUUAUAGGAGAAUGUAUUGUCUAUUUCACUUUAAAAAAAACUUUCAGCUUUUGCUUUGCAUGCCACUUUUUCUCACCUUUUAAUGAUCAUUUCACAAGUUGUGCAUAACAUUUAAUCUCACAAGUUUAUGUACUGAUAUUCUUAGACCUGUGGUUUGCAAUCAUGCAUGACCAUAACAUUUUUCAUAAUAAAAGCACGUACAUAGUGCAUUUUUCUUCUUGGUAUUGCUACUACUUAACCGAUCCCUGUCACCAGUCUGUUUCUGGCUUUUUGUUUUUUGGUUAGGUGGACAUGGAGGUUGGUUAACUGUGUAUCCCAUGUAAGUUGCCCCAUUGCCUUUGUGGACAGGGAACUUCUCAUGCAUUCUGUGAGCACUCACUUCAUGCUGGGUCUUGAAUUGUGAAAAGCAGGCAAGGAGCAAAGAGUAGUAGUAGAAUGUAUAAGCAUAGAGUGUUUAGUUUCAGGGUUUCAAUUUCCAGACUAAGCAACACCAGACCGAUAUGCAUUUUUUGGACCUAUACAUUUCUAAUGCAAGGACUAGCUAAAAAAAAAAAAAGGAAAGAAAAAAAGAAAACUACAGAAACAUUUGGCACAUUCUGAUUUCACUAUCAAGACAUGUUUCACUGUAAUUAAGUGGAAAGCAUUACAUAGGUAAUUUGAUAUCUGUUUGUGGGCCAGAGAAUGCACUUAUUUGCCUGUGAUCAAACCAGGACUUUGUGGUCCAUAUCUAAAGACAAUUUGUUUCCAUCCAUGUAUUUUUGAAUUCUGUCAGAUUUAGGAGAUCAGAAAUCUAUGUGUAAUUUUUGUUUGUCUUUUCACAAGAGCUAUUUGCAUAUUAGCAGUACUCUUGGAAAGAUGGUAUCCACUCAAAGAAAAAAAAAAAAUAAAAAGAUGGAUGUGUACAUGCACACACAUAUGCCCCUCCCCACAUACACACCAUGAGAUAUAGCACCUGUUUAAACAGUACAUUAAUUAAAUCUGUUGCCUAUUGGGUGCACACAGUGCCUUGCGUUGUAGACGUCCACCAUAAAAAUUUUGGGUUGUUUUUAUAUUCUCAAGUUUACUCACCACCCUCAUUUCUGAAAUGAUUUAAGAGGGUAAUAAGCUUAAUUAUUUCAUUAGUUUUGCUUAAGCCAAAAAUUCGUUGUCAUGUCAAGCUGUUGUCAGGCAAUCAGUUUACAGAAAUGAAGUAAAAGGUUGCAGAAGACACAAACAUAACCAUUGUGUCUUUACAUGGCUUAGUGAUCAAACACUCAUGUUAGUAUCUGUGAUUUGUACAUGUUUAACUUUCUGCAUUGUCACCAGACGUCUGAGAAAAUAUGACAACUGACACUGACUAAAUAUACCUCUAUAUAUAUA